GGUCAUGUUUACAAACAUUUUUUUUUAUUUGAUGUCAUUUUGUGAAUGACAGAAGUAAACUGUUGUUAUGGAAUACAAACAAUGUAAUGUAUAUAUAUAAUUAAGACAACAUGACUGGCCUUUGAUUGGCAUCAAAACAUCAACGUUAAUCGACUUAUGAUUAUUUAUGGUUUGCAACUCGUCAACAUUGAACUUGAAGUUGAUUUGUUGAACUGUUGAUGUCAAGAUCUACAUGUAACGUGUAACUGCUACACUACUAGCCUCCGCUACGGGCAUACUAUAUUAAAUAAGCUAUUUAAAUUAUGUGGAGGACGACAUAAACAUAUACAUAAUUUGUUUAUAGGUACAUGUAAAUGAUAAACAAAGGCAAUGCUUUAUUUGACAGUUUAACUUAAGUCUUAACUUCAAUGUCUUAAGAUUUUACGAAAUUACAUGAAUAGUGGAUACAAUAUAUUAUAAUAAAAUAGAAAAAAUAUGAUUGAAUCACGGACAUGCUCAAUUCCCAACCAUGGGAGAACUGCACUUCAAACUAUGCAUGAACUUCGACGCGAAAACGUCUUGUGCGAUGUGAUACUUUGUGUUGAUGGGGAGCGGUUUCCCGCCCAUAAGAUUGUCCUUGCUGGCUCAAGCCCAUACCUCAAGGCAAUGUUCACGAAUGGAAUGUUGGAAACUGAACAGGACGUUGUGGAAAUAAAGGACUUUGAUGCUCCAACUAUGCAAUGCCUCCUGGACUUCAUGUACACAAGCACUAUCGAGAUAACAGUGAACAAUGUGCAAAGUAUUCUACAGGGAGCAUCGUUAUUCGGUCUUCAACAGCUGAGGGUACUCAGUGCUCAAUUUCUUCAGUUGCAGCUCACACCCAGCAACUGUUUAGGUAUUCAAGCAUUUGCAGAUGUGUACAUGUGUGCUGAGCUGGAACGAGCAGCCCGGCAGUUUAUCUACCAAAACUUUCUCCCAGUGGCUCAUACAGAAGAGUUCCUUCAGUUAUCUGAGGAGAAAAUCAUCUCCCUUCUUCGUAGUGACCAGCUCCACGUCAUGUCAGAAUCUCAGGUCUUUGACGCAGCAUACAGCUGGCUUACGUAUGAUAAAUCUCGGACUGAGAGUGCUUGCAACAUUCUCAAACAUAUCAAAUUAGGUCUUCUUGAAUUACCUAUGCUAGAAAACGUUGUGAUAAAAUCUGAUUUCUUCCGAACUUGUCACAAGUGCCAAUCCCUGAUAAGCUCAGCCAUACGUUCGCAGUAUGAGAGAAAGAAUAUGGAACUGCUGACACCCAGGGCUCACCCCCCUUGUAUUUAUGUGGUCGGGGGGAGAAAUAGCCAGGAUUGUCAGUUGAGAAGUAUGGAGCGAUAUGACAUUCUGUCAGAUACUUGGAGUUCUAUGCCAGGAAUGAACAUUGCCCGGACAGCUAUAGGUUCAGCCACACUGGAUGGGCUGUUGUACACGGUGGGUGGAGAAUGUGCGUUGAUAGACACACAGGAGAACACGCUCUACCUCCGCUGUAUGGAGUGUUACGAUCCUGUACAGAGACAAUGGCUGCCCAAACCGGAGAUGAAAAUCGCGCGAUCAUUUGUGGCGUUGGCUGCAGUUGGUGGCUAUCUGUAUGCAAUAGGUGGGGAGGACCGGGCAUGUGGCUACAAUGUUGUUGAGAGGUUUGACCCCAGAGCUGACCAAUGGUCAUUUGUAGCCAGUAUGAAACGUCGACGGGCUGGGUCAGGCAUCACUGUGUGUGAGGGGAAAAUAUAUGUGGCAGGAGGUUAUGACCGUACCUUACACAUGGACCGUGCCAGCAUGGAGUGUUAUGACCCUGUCAUUGAUGACUGGACGUUCAUGUCAGAGAUGGAGAAGGCACGCUCCGGUCUUGUUAUGGCCACUAUUGACCAGAACGUGUACGCAUUUGGGGGUCGCUAUCGACACACUGACCAGUAUUAUGAUAUGGUAGAAAGGUUUAAUGUUUUGACCAGACAAUGGACCACCCUAGCCCAGAUGAACACUCCGCGGGCCUGGCCGGGCAUUGCCAUAUUUGAUGGACGGAUUUAUGUCCUUGGCGGGUUUGAUGGGGGAUACCGAUUACGUAGUGCGGAAAGUUACGAUGCAGAAACUGACCAGUGGACGCCGAUUAGCAACAUGCUUGUGUCUCGUGCUGGUUGCGGGGCGGCUGUUGUUUGAUUGGGAAGAAUAUUUUUGCUAUGAUGAUUAAAAGCUUACUGAUUUUACUAAAAAAAAUUUUAAGAAAUUGAGGUUAAAUAAUCUUAUUGGACUGUUGGUUUUAUGUCAAAAUAAGAAAUUUAGUUUAUUAAAGUUAAUCAGAUAUUGUCAAAAUUUGUGUUUAAGAAAGGAAAUUGAGUACUAAUUUCAUACUGGAUGUUGAUUGUGAUGAGGCAUUUAAUUACGGAUAAUGUUAAUGAAUUGUUGAUAUUUAUAUGAGAGUCUUGGGGAUGGUGUUAUUACAUUAACUUUACCGAUGGGUUGGUAUGCUUUUGCUUAAAUCAUUAUCUUCAUAGACAAGGUUAUAGAUUUGGAUUGUAUACUUUAGAUGUGGUGAUAGAUGUGGUUUAUUACAGGUUCCAUUUUGUAAUCAAGAUCAUGGAUUUUAUAUAAUCUUGUAUUGUUGUAUUACCUUAAGGUUUAUAAAAAACUUCGUUUUAAUUGAUACAAAUUGUAGAUUGGUAUGUUUCACUACUGGUACUUUUGAUCUAAAAUGGAAUUCAUAAAAUGCAAAUCUAGAGGAACUAUUCUAUUUUGAAAUUAUUUAUUAUCAAAAGUGUCCUGGAUUGAUGUUUCAUGUACACCCAGUUGGAAACAUCAAUUUGGGACAAUCUGAACUCAUUGACAUAUAUGAGAUUGUCACUGGUCAACAAGCCGGACAAGUGGGCUCCCAACCUUGGCUCCCUCUUAAUACUCCUUUCCCCAUACAACAAAAGAAGACCACAAUCUUGCAUAAUAUCAUGCAAACAUUAGAGUGAUUAAAGUUAUGUUGUUGUAUAUUAAACAAAUCAAAUAAUUUUGAUAUAAAUAACCUUAGCUUUCAUUUUCAAACAUACCGGUAUUAUGGACUGUUUAGAAUGCCCCAAAUAAUUUGACAACUAUGCUACUAAGUUUGUUACAAUUAAAUCCAAUGAAAUAAAUAGAGGAUAUAUUCAUGAGUGGGAAUUCCUUUGCAAGUUUUUUUUUAACUUUAGUAAAUGAAUUUAAUAAAUUUUGUAAUGAAUGAACCAAAAUGUGAUAAAUGUAUUUAUAUCUUAAAAAUACUAAUUUGAUUAUUUAUAGCACUAGAUAUAUAAAAUUUCUCCCACCUCAGAUAAGUAGAUCCAUUAAUUUAAUCAUGCUAGAAAUUCUUAUCUUGCCCAAGGGCGAAGAUAAAAUGCCCGUAUGGAACUUCUUUCAAUAGUCACCACAUUGUAAUUACCUCCCUUGUUGAAGACUGUCUUCUGUAACGCAUCAUGGAAACCUUGUCUUGUGGCAAUAUUUAGAAUGCUAGUUAAUUACUUCUCGCUUCAAAUGUCACCAUAAAACAGUUUUCACGCACCUUUCAAGAAAUAAUGCUUCACCCUUCUAAGAACUAUUUAAAGACAGAUCAGACCGUUUACAUACUCUGAAUCACUGCGCGAAUAUCCAUGACAACCACGAAUUAUCGCAUAUCCGUACGCAAUUAUUUUCACUAAGCACAAAAGAGUUCCAGCAAAAAAAAUACAUUUUUACUUAAUUUUGUUUAACUGAGGUGGGAGAAAAAGCAUCUACCAUAGCCGCUUGUGUAAGAUAGGUUCACCCCGACCCUCGCGCAGGGUGUUUUGCGGAAACUCGGUAAACCUCGUUUCCGCAAAACACCCUACGCUCGGGUUGGAAUGAACCUAUCUUACACUCUCGGCCAUGGAAGAUACUAAUAGUCUCUUUAUAACGCUGACAGUUUACAUUGUUAAUAAUUUACAAUGUUAUGUUUAAAUUUAUCAUCUUGUUAUUAUUCUUAAUAAAUUACAUUAAAACUAUAUACCCCUGUAGUGAUUUAUGAUAUUAAUGGAUUUGUAGCAGUUGUACUUCAAGUCCGAAUUUAUAUACUUGUAGUUGACACUUUUUGUUAUGAAGGAGACCUGGGGCGGUAUUCAUAAAAUUUCUUAAGUCAUUUCCUAACUUAAGUCAACUUUUUAAAAUUUUCAAAGUCAAAUAAAAAGAAAUGUAUAAGUGUUUUUAACAUUAAAGUAUGUUUUUUUAAUAAGGUCAAUAGAAAUAAUGUAUUUUUGAUUUUUUAUUUCAUAUGACUAAAGAGAUAAUAAAUUUAGGAAAGUGACAAACAUGUAAGUUAGGAAAUGAUUUAAGAAGUUUUAUGAAUAACGCCCCUGGGUUUUCCCUGGGAUUUCCAAGUUGGGUUCCUAUGACCAUGACUCAUGGUGGAAAAAAUUGAGUGUCUCUGGUAAUUAAAUAGGGUUCCAAUAGAAUGGUUUACACUCAAUGAAUGUUACUUUGUGUUGCAUAGUAAUUAUAAAAUGGUAGUCCCUAGCUUGAAAUUUGUGAAAACUUGCCAUGUUUUUGGUCAGCAUUAAUUAUCUGUAUUUAUUCAGGUCAUUUAUCUCAUCAUUGUUAAUCAAACUUUAUAAAGUUAUUAAAGGUAUUUUGUUAACAUUAUUUGUCAAUUAUCUGUUUGGGAUAAUCACUUAAAGCUGCACUCUCACAGAUUGAACAUUUUGACAACUUAUUUUAAUUUUUGUCUUGGAACAAGCCAAUUUUUGCGAAAAUCCAUGGAAACCAGUUAUAUAAGACUGCUGACAAAAAAUUAGAUUUAGGUUUUAGUCAUAAAACAUUAAUUUUCCAACAAAAUAUGAAAAUCUAUGAUCUCAUUAUUUGUCAGCAGUCUUUUAUCAUUGGUUUGCAGUUAUUUACGCAAAAAUUUGCUCUUUCCAAGACAAAAAAUAAAAAAAUGGUAUAUCUGUGAGGGUGCAGCUUGAAUGCAGUGUACACAAUAUGAUAAUUUGGUGUAUUGCUAAUGUAAAUAGAGUUAUUAACUUCAAACUAUGCUAUUCUAGUGAUUAGUAGUGUUACUACAUUGUAACUUAAUAUUUAGCCCUUGAUCAAAAUUACACAGUAUUUCAUUACAUGGAAUUUAUUUUAGUACCGGUAUGAUAUGUACAUACGGAACAUGGGGUUUAUUUUAAAGCUUGGAUUUUUUUUGGGGUGUAAAUUUGUUCAAAUAUAUAUGAACUGCUGAUCAAAUCCACAGUGCAUUUAAUAUAUGUAUAUGUUGUUUUAGUUUUUACUGCAUGGUACCGGUUUCUUCUUUCUGAAGUUUACGACAUCCACACCUUGUUCAUGGACAGUUUGAAUUCUAUAUAAAUUAUCUGUCGAUGUUUUGUCCACAAUUUUAAAACAAAUACGUUUGAGCCUCAUUGGCCCUUGACCUCGCCUGGCUCGAAUUUCUUGUUAGCUCACACUGGAUGCAAAGGACCGAUUUCUUUAUACUAAAGGCAAAAAAAUCCUGCAUGGCUCGAAUAUUUCGAGGCUCAAGGUAUUUUUCGAUUGUCCCUGGGAGUUCAAGCCAACGGGUUCGACCCUAGUAAGGAAAUGUUAGACUAGGUUUAUUGGGAUUGGUAGCUAAAGUCUUAAUAUCAUUCCCGACACUUGCAUAAUUUUUGACAGAUUUUACUGGUCUAUCAAUUUUUGUUAGCCCUAAUAGACAAUUAUAACACCUAUAUUUAUAUGCAGUUACAACUGGCUAGCGCUGAGCCCUCGAUAUUUGCAUUUGUUUUUAUUGCACUAUUUAUGCAACUCAAGAUUUUUAUGUUACAAAAAGGUGAAAUUAUGCUUAUAAAUGGUUAAUUGAAGA